CUAAUAGACUCUUUUACGAAUUUUAAAACCAAGGCAGAAACUUGCCCCUUUUUUAAGAAUACGAGAUGCCAUGCAGAUACGCGACUGGACUUAUUCAUGAAAGUAACAUUCAUAAUAUUGGUUUGAUAUCUAUUUAACUUCAUCAAAUUGACAAAGUUUAUCCUUCGUUUACAUGGUAAUCUUUUACUCACUUAUAAUGCAAAAUUUCCACACGAAAUAUGAGUGAUUUUGAAUGCAAACAAUCCGAAGGGUGAGUGUAAAAAGAACAGAGUUGUCCAGGAAGAUGCCAUAAUUGUGGUGAGAAGAAAAAAAAGUAAAAACAUGAGAAUGAAUGACAAUGAAUGAAAUAACAUUUCUUCAUGAAUAUUGAAACAAACGAAAUAAAUAACACAUUUCUUCCGCACUUUUUUCAGGAGACGAAAGAUGGCUGGAACAGUCAUAUCUAAUCAAUUACCACCUAAUAUUGAUAUCACCAAAGCUCCUUUGGCCUACGGACAAAGAGCUUUGCCAAAAUUGAAUAGAGAACUGAAUGGAACUGAUGUUUUGACAAAACAUCGAGCUCUGAUGUCGUUGUGUGACAUUCUUCAUGAUCCACAAAAUAUAAGUGAAGCUCUAAAUGUCGGCAUUGUAUUGAGCCUGAAGAAGCUUCUAACGAGCGAUGAUUCAACCAUCAGACACAAGACAACUGAAGUUUUGUUCAUCAUUGCCAGUAACGCAUCUGGACGAAAUGCAUUUCUUGAAUAUGAAAUAAUUUUACCUUUAUCAAAGCUGUUUAAUGAUACAAUUUAUGAAUCAAGAAAGAAUUCACAUUUGGCUAUUGAGAUGCUUUCACACCAUAUAAGUGGACAGCAAGGGAUUGUUGAAGCUGGUCUCAUUCCUGUUUUAGUUGCAUUAUUGUUUGAAGAGACUGAUGAUAUAAAGGGGAUCAUUUUGGACACACUUCAUUACUGCAUGAGGGUGAAUACAAGCGAUGCAUUAAAUAACAAUGGAAUGAAUGUUUUUGUGAGACUGCUUUCUCAUUCAUCACCUGUGAUACGCGGUAAAGCUGCCAGAGAUAUUAUGGAUUUAAGUUUUCCAUUGGAUGGGAAAAACAAAGCAGUAGAAGUUGGUGCAAUUAAAUCAUUGGUUCCUUUACUUCAUGACAGUGAUGCAGAUGUGAGGGCAAAAACAGCUGGUGCCAUUAUGGUAAUAACUAUCACAACACCUGGAAAAUAUUCUGCCAUUGAAGAAGACAUUUUACCCAGUCUUGUUCUAUUGCUUUCUGAUAAUUCUAGUGAAGUGAGGUUAAAUGUGUUGAAGGCAUUAACAACAUUGGCUGAAGCUCCUAAAGGACGCGAAAUUUUAGUAGAAAAUGUUGAAAAGGUUACAAAGCUCAUCAAUGAUUAUGAUAGUCCUGCAGUAAGGAAAGCUGCUCAGAUUGCUGUUAAAGUCAUAACAUGGAAACCAUGACAACUUCUAUGUAACUUAAGACUGAUAAUAAUUCAUGGGAAACAUUGUAUACAUUGUAAAUAUAAUGUAGACAUAUUUUGUAAAAAUAGGGAUUAUUUCAUUAUACUACAAACAUUUUCUCUUAUA